AGCCCACAUCUCCCUCUCGCUUGGGGCUGCAGUUCCACUUCAGCCGCACACAAGACCAGGACGUUCACAUCCUGCAAGCUCAGCUCUGGCUCUACCUUCGAGUCCCACGAGACCCGGUAGCCAGCCUCACCCUGCAAAUCUUCCUGGCUGGUGGGGAAGGUGGUUUGGGGGGGGGCAAUCGCACGCUGCUGAGUGAGAAGCAACUGAGUGCGCGGGGCAGCGGCUGGCACGCCUUCACCCUCAUGCCUGCCCUGCAGAGUUUCUUUGGGGGAGAGCAGAGGACCCUGCGGCUAGAACUGGAAAGCCACGGGGAUGGGGGUGAUAUGGCAAUAGUCAAUGCCAGCUGGUCCCACCAGCCCUUCUUGGUGGCCAAGGCAAAGGUGAGAGAACCAGGUCACCAUGUGGCCAAGCGCAGCCUCCGCUGCAGCCAAAACUCCAACCUUUGCUGCCGCAAGGACUACUACGUGGAUUUCCGAGACAUUGGUUGGAAUGACUGGAUCAUUAAGCCUGAGGGCUACCAGAUAAACUACUGCGUGGGCCAGUGCCCUCUACACGUGGCUGGCAGCCCUGGGAUGGCCUCUUCUUUCCACACAGCUGUCUUCAACCUCGUCAAAGCCAACAAUGUGCAGGCAUCGGGGCACUCCUGCUGCGUGCCCACACGACGCCGGCCGCUCUCUGUCCUCUACUUCGAUCGCAAUAGCAACAUCGUCAAGACUGACAUCCCUGACAUGAUCGUUGAUGCCUGUGGCUGUAGCUAG